UGAGACUGCGCCUCGCAUUUCGUACCCAAUCCCAGCCGAGCCACUCCGCCGCCCCUGCACCCUGUAACGUCAUCCGUCAAGCAUCACGCCCCUCCUCAAGUCGUGAAACCCCAAACUAUCGGACACCAAGAUGACGACCAUCAGCAAGCGAAGAAAGUUUGUGGCCGACGGCGUGUUUUUCGCUGAAUUGUCCGAGUUCUUCACCCGUGAACUUGCCGAAGAAGGUUAUUCCGGCUGUGAAGUUCGAGUUACUCAUGCUCGAACUGAGGUCAUCAUCCGAGCCACCCACACUCAAGAGGUUCUUGGACAGAAAGGCCGUCGGAUUCGAGAAUUGACCAGUCUCGUACAGAAGCGAUUCAAAUUCCCCGAAGGAAGUGUCGAACUUUACGCUGAGAAAGUCCAACAACGUGGGCUCUGCGCUGUUGCCCAAUGUGAAUCGCUUCGAUACAAGCUACUCGGUGGUCUCGCUGUUCGUCGUGCUUGCUACGGUGUCCUUCGAUUCAUCAUGGAGUCGAACGCCAAAGGUUGUGAAGUCGUUGUCUCCGGAAAGUUGCGUGCCGCCCGAGCCAAAUCCAUGAAGUUCACCGAUGGUUUCAUGAUUCACUCCGGUCAACCCAGCGUGGACUUCGUUGACCAGGCUGUCCGACACGUCCUCCUCAGACAGGGUGUCCUUGGUAUUAAAGUCAAAAUCAUGCGAGGUAACGACACCGAAGGUCGUGGUGGUGCUCCACCCAAACCAUUGCCUGACAUGGUCACUAUCUUCGAGCCCAAGGAAGAAGUCAUCGUUCAGAUGCCAGUCUCAGAAAACUCCCGACCUGCGGAGAUCAACCCCGCUUAUGGCGAAGGUGGAAUGGAAGCCGCUCCUGAGAACCAGGAACCCCAAGUCGCCCCUCAAGAACCAGAGGCCGAGGAACUGGGUGGUUACUAAAACCUACACAUGUAACUCAUUCAGCAAUUCAAAUUAACUUUGCCACAUUGUCACCUUGCCGUUUCUAUCUCUUGAGUCUUUGCCAUUCCUAAGUUCUGUUUGCCCACUUAUGGCUUGAAGGCAGUGCUUUCAUCUUUCUGCUUGAGUUUUCGUACCUUGAAAGAAGGUGCCCCCACUUACUAUGACGUGCUGUGGGCCCUGCAAGAUGUGUGCUGGCACUCUCCUGCUCAACUUGCAUGCAAUCAUACAAACUUUUGAGAGAAGUGAAUUAUGUAUUGCAUUCUUUGGGGUUUCUUAUUGGAG